AAUUCAAAUUUCAAGAUCAUCGUCUUUUUGUGUUGUGCUCCCAUUUUGUCAAURRAAUAGUGCAUUUUGUUGUCAUAAUAUGUCCACAAGGGCGAUAGACUUUAACUCAACAGCUUAUGCCAAGACAAAAAGCUUCAUAGCUAAAGAAAAUGCUGCUUCGAUCGCAAGAGCAAAAGAAAGCCGUAAACAAGUURUAGCUCCCCCCGCCGGGGUCAAAAGCUCUUGGACGCCGUUAAAGCAGGACUUAAACGAAAAGCUGUUUGACGAACGUAAAGAACUUGUUGGCAACUGGUUUGAUAGAUGGUCUGAUUUGCAAAGAAGAACAGUUCUAGAAAUCUUGGUUUCCAAAUGCAAACAAUCUCAACUACAAUACACAUUCUCUCUACUAGAUGAWUACAUACCAGUAACCCAUGUAGACUUUACUAGAAAACUGCCUAGAAUAAUAACAGUGUAUAUAUUCUCCUUCCUGGACCCUCGUAGUCUGUGCCGCWGUGCUCAGGUUUGCUGGUACUGGAGGUAUCUCUCUGAACUUGAUCAAAUAUGGAUGCCCAAAUGCAUGAAGUUUAACUGGGUAUUAACAUUUGUACCAAGUCCAUUUGAACAAGGAGUAUGGAAACGACAUUAUCUGGAAUGUGUCAGAGGACUUCAGUAUGUGAGACCUAAGUCUCCACCAGUGUUGCCAGAGCCAACAGCAGCCAUACAUGAAAGAGGACCAGAAAAAAGAAGUAAAAGUAUGACAAACUUGAGUUCACGGAAACUCUCCAAAAAAGGCAGUAAUAGUGAUYUCCCUCCMUGGAAGUCUACUACGUCUAGACCUAAUGAAAUAGCGUGGAAGGCAAAGAGAGAAGGCCCUACCACUGGCUGCAGAAGAUGUCACAUGUCUUCCCAUACRACAGAAGAUGAACAUUCUCAACAUUCACAUUCUGAAAAUCUUAGAAAGACAAGUUCAGGACCCAAGAACAAACCAAGAAUACGACCAGCAUCAGCUUCAUUUGCUCCAGAGUCAGAAAAUACAGGAUCAAAGUUUGACUCCAGAGCUGGCAGACCCGAUUGGGCUGUUCAGGCAACAAUAUCAUCUGUGUCAGCUAAACGACCUCCGCCUCCUACAGUUAAACCUUCCCUAGAAACACUUGGUAGUAAACGUGUACCAAGACACUUACCCUCUCCUCCAUUGUUCCAAAGUCAGCCCUGGAGAAAACCUGCUCACUAUGACUCUGAUGAUGACGACAUAGAUUAACUGGAAAAUAGUAACAUGUCAUAAAGUACAAGCAAGAAAAUACUAUAUCAGACUUGCUGAAAGCAGGUGGUCAAACCUUACAGCAAGUGUAGCUAGUGGACUACAUCAACCCAGAGAGAAUAUAUAAUGGCACUUUUAGAUCGGUAUAAAUUAUGUAACAUGAUAUAUUCAAUGUAAAUAAAUUUGUACUUAUUUUAAUAAAACUGUUCACCAUAUGAAACUA